AUGAAUGACAUUGGCCCCAAGCUGGAGGAUGCCAAAUCCAAAGAAAUGGCAGAGAUGAUGGGCAAGUUGAAAGGCCUAGGUAACAGCAUGUUGAAGCCUUUCGGGCUGAGCACGAACAACUUCCAGUUCGUGAAGGACGAGAAAAGUGGAGGAUACAGUAUGAACUUCAAUCAGAACGCUUGA